GCCCGUAGGGGGGGGCGCCAGUGCGCGGAAGGGGGGGCUAUGAGACCCGGACGAAGGCGGUGGGUUUCCCCUUUCCUCACAGACUACCGGCUCCAUCCCGGCAGAUCUUCAUUUCACCCCCUGCACGGUGACAGCCAGGCCCGCUGUCAGCAAUCCUUCUGUUUCAAGAGGAAGCCCGGAUUUCUGCAUGUUGUCACCGAGCACCUGUUUUACGCCCGUAACUCCAUCUUCAAACAAUGCCCCGUUCAAAUCCAGAUUAAAAAUUGGGAUUAAAUAGGGACCUGUUCUUUAAAAUAGUGCUAUAAAUGAAGGGUCUGUGUUCAGCGAACCCAGCGUGAAGUCAUUGUGACAGAACGUGGGCUAGGUCGUGCCCCCCUCAAAGUGGCAUGUCUUAAUUAGUCUUGUGUGUAGGUGGUUCACUCAUUUAUUAGAAGAGCCCUGUUGGAAUUGUUAGUGCUCAGAGAAAAUGACUGCAAUCAAGCAUGCCUUGCAGAGGGAUAUUUUCACUCCAAAUGAUGAACGUUUGUUAAGCAUUGUUAAUGUCUGCAAAGGAGGAAAAAAGAAAAGAAAUUGCUUUCUGUGUGCCACAGUGACAACGGAACGCCCUGUGCAGGUGAAUGUGGUAAAGGUGAAGAAAUCUGAUAAGGGAGAUUUCUACAAGAGGCAGACUGCAUGGUUGCUUCGAGAUCUUGCUGUCGUUGAUGCAAAGGAUGCCAUCAAAGAAAGUCCUGAGUUUGAUCUACAUUUUGACAAGGUGUACAAGUGGGUUGCUAGCAGUAUAGCAGAAAAGAACAUUUUCAUUUCCUGUAUUUGGAAACUCAAUCAACGUUAUAUUAGAAAGAAGAUUGACUUUAUAAAUGUUAGUCCUCAACUUCUGGAAGAACUACCCAAAGUUGCUGAAGAGUCUGUUCCAAGUGGUGAGAAUCAGAAUGUGGCAGGAGGAGAUGAAGAGGCAGUGGAUGAGUAUCAAGAGCUGAAUGCAAGAGAAGAGCAGGACAUUGAGAUAAUGAUGGAAGGCUGUGAAUAUGCCAUCUCUAAUGCAGAAGCCUUUGCAGAUAAGCUGUCCAGAGAGCUGCAGGUGCUAGAUGGGGCAAACAUCCAGUCAAUCAUGGCCUCUGAGAAACAAGUGAACAUCCUUAUGAAAUUGCUGGAUGAAGCCCUAAAGGAGGUGGACCAAAUUGAACUGAAGUUGAGCAGUUAUGAAGAAAUGCUGCAGAGUGUAAAAGAACAAAUGGACCAGAUUUCAGAGAGCAACCACUUAAUUCAUCUGAGCAACACUAACAAUCUUAAGCUGCUUUCAGAGAUAGAAUUCCUUGUUAAUCAUUUGGAUUUGGCAAAAGGUCACAUCAAGGCCCUCCAGGAUGGAGAUCUCUCAUCUUCAAGUGGAAUUGGAGCCUGCACAAAUGCAGCAGACGCUCUCUUGCAGUGUAUGAACAUAACUCUUCAGCCAGGACAUGAAAUGCUUCAUGCUGUCAAGCAGCAGCAGCAACAGUUCAGUGACCUGCGUGAGCAUUUUGCUCGGAGGUUGGCCAGUUAUCUGAACAAAGUGUUUGUUCAACAGUUUAUAGAGCUGGAGAAGGGUCUCAGUAACAGGUCCUACUAUUUUUCAGUUUCUGGCCAUGACCAAAGUUCCACUCUGGCACAGCAUUCUAUUGAGUUGACAUUACCAAACCACCAUCCUUUUCACCGAGACUUGCUCCGAUAUGCCAAACUUAUGGAGUGGUUAAAGAAUACCGAUUACGGCAAAUAUGAAGGUUUAACAGAGAACUACAUGAGUUAUUUAUCCCGGUUAUAUGACAGAGAAAUAAAAGAUUUCUUUGAAGUAGCAAAGAUUAAAAUGACCGGUGCCACUAAGGAAGGAAAGAAGUUUGCUACACUGCCUCGAAAAGAAAGUGCUGUCAAACAGGAAACAGAGAGCCUUCAUGGAAGUUCUGGGAAACUGACAGGCUCGACUUCUAGCUUAAAUAAGCUCACAGUCCAGAGCUCAGGAAAUCGCAGGUCUCAGUCAUCCUCGUUGCUGGAUAUGGGAAAUAUGUCUGCAUCUGACCUGGAUGUAGCUGAUAGAACUAAGUUUGAUAAGAUUUUUGAACAAGUGCUAAGUCAGCUGGAGCCCCUGUGUUUGGCAGAACAAGACUUUAUUAGCAAAUUCUUCAAACUUCAACAGCAUCUUAGCAUUCCUGGAACAUCCAUGAGUGAUACUGAGGAAAUGGAUGGAGGAACAUUAUCAAGGAUGCACAAUGUUGGCAGUCCACAGUCUAUGUCUUCAGAGAAUCAUAUGAUCCGGCAGAUGAUGACAAAAAUAUUUCGCUGUGUCGAGCCAGAACUGAAUAACCUUAUUGCUCUAGGAGACAAGAUUGACAUCUUUAAUUCCCUUUAUAUGUUAGUGAAAAUGAGUCACCAUGUAUGGACGGCACAAAAUGUGGAUCCAACCUCCUUUCUUAGUACAACACUUGGAAAUGUUUUAGUGACUGUCAAAAGGAACUUUGACAAGUGCAUUAGCAACCAGAUAAAACAGAUGGAAGAUGUAAAGAUAUCCAAGAAAAGCAAGGUUGGAAUUCUGCCCUUUGUUGUUGAGUUUGAAGAGUUUGCAGCACUUGCUGAAUCUAUUUUCAAAAAUGCUGAACGCAGAGGAGAUCUAGAUAAAGCCUACCUGAAACUUAUUAGGGGAGUUUUCAUUAAUGUGGAAAAGGUAGCAAAUGAAAGUCAAAAGACACCACGGGAUGUGGUCAUGAUGGAGAACUUUCAUCAUAUCUUUGCAACACUCUCACGAUUGAAAAUCUCUUGUCUGGAGGCCGAGAAAAAAGAAGCCAAACAAAAAUACACAGAUCAUUUGCAGUCAUAUGUCAUCUACUCCUUGGGACAGCCUCUUGAGAAAUUAAAUCACUUUUUUGAGGGUGUUGAAGCUCGUGUGGCACAAGGUGUGAGAGAAGAAGAAGUAAGCUAUCAGUUGGCCUUUAACAAACAAGAGCUAAGAAAAGUUAUAAAGGAGUAUCCUGGCAAGGAAGUGAAAAAGGGACUGGAUAACCUUUAUAAGAAGGUGGACAAACACCUGUGUGAAGAAGAAAACCUGCUUCAGGUGGUGUGGCAUUCUAUGCAAGAUGAGUUCAUACGACAGUACAAGCACUUCGAAGGCUUAAUAGCACGUUGUUAUCCUGGAUCUGGAAUUACUAUGGAAUUCACAAUCCAAGAUAUUUUAGACUAUUUCUCCAGUAUUGCACAAUCGCAUUAAUAGCUGCCAAAGAGAUAAACUAAGAAAUUUUCUGCGAAUAAGCUUUGACACUGGAGAUCUUCUGUUUUGUGAGGCAGAAAUAUAAAAGGAGUAUUAACUGUCCUCACCCCAUCAACCAAUAAAAUAAGAGGGAUUGUUGCUUAACUGCUUGAUAAAAACAGUUCGAAGUACUGUACACGUUUUCACAUGGAAUUCAGUUCAGCUAAUUUUAUUUUCCAUAUUUAUAUAUCAGUUCUCUAUAUUUCUCAUAUAUCACACAUUAACUCAGCUGGGUUUCUAACUAUCUGUAGCUUUGAGAAAUUAUGUCAGUGUUGAAAUGACUGUAAACAGCCAGAGGGUGGCAUCAAACUGUGUUAAUAUAUAUGUAGGUGAGACAUCCAACUUUAUUGUCUUUAUAAUUACAUGACUAUUUGGAUGUAAUUCUUCUGAACUGAAGUAAAAUCACAAAUAAAUUGUGUGUUUCCUGAA